AUGAGCGGAAAGAGUGUGGCUCUGAUCGGAGCAGGAUCAACUGGAAUUCAAAUUCUACCCCAAAUUCAACCCUAUGCCAAGAGCGUUGAUCACUAUGUUAGUGGAAAGACCUGGAUUUCUCCGGUUGGAUUUGGAAGCGAGGAGCUAAAGGAGCGCGGCGUGUCCAGUGGGAACUUCAAACACCCCAAAGAGGAGCUGAAGAAAUGGAAGAAUGACCCCAGCACUUAUCACGCCUGGCGGCAUAAAAUUGAGAAAACUGUCAAUGGUGCGGCUUUGAUCACCAUCUUUAGCACUGAGACCCAGCAGGGAUUUCAACAGAUGAAUCAAGAAGCGAUGAGAAACAAACUGGAGAAAAAGCCAGAGAUCAUGGAGGCACUUGACCCUAAAUGGCUCCAGGUUGUCGUCGACUUACCCCCGGUCCAGGUUACUUGGAGGCUCUCGUGGAAGACAAUGUGA